CGCCCCUUUUCAGCUGAAUAAAAUUCAGACUUCAAGAUGACAACACACUGUGUGGAUAUUUUUUUGUUGUGUUAUCAUUAAUAAUUUGAAGCUCAUUUUACAAAUGGACUCAUUCUUCAAGUUUUGAUUGGUCCGGUAUCCUGACCACACGAGAUCCAAUAAAAAACCUCUUGACUUGCUAAAACAAAAUUCGCGGGUAAGCUCACGGAACGAAAUGGCUGUACGGUCGGUUUUCGCCUGAGUCGUCACAUUUAGGGUAAUAACUUGCCAUAUUACUGUUUAUGUUAGUUUCAUCAUCAUUUUCUUGCACAUAUUCUUGUAUAUAAAACAUCUACAGUAUUAUAGUUUUCCCAAAAUUGUGUAACAAUGGAAUGAUGCUUUGUUUAGGCAUGUAUACAAGCCAAGUACUCUGGCAGAUCAUUGCUUAUCUGCUCAGGGGUUGAACCAGAUGAGCCAGCCAACUACAUGCUGGCAAGUUUCUUCAGGGAUGUCGAAGACUUGGAGGUCAAACCUCUGCUAUGUGUGUGUUUCGAAGGCACAGAUGAUGAGAGGGCAGUAUCCAGAAAUCAUGGCCAUGGGAGGGAACCAAUACUGUUGGUGUUGCGUGCUAUUGGUUCCAACCUAGGAGUUGUUGCCCGUGCAGAAGAUGUCAAUCUCAGCACUUUUGAUGGAAGGGUCAUCCUCAAAGCCCUAAGCAUAAAGGAAAAAAAGGAAAAAAAGAAAAAGAGAAGGAAUAAAGACAACAAGAAAACUGUUGAUCACAAGACUGGCUAUGAUCCUGACAUGGAUUCUAAAUCAGAUACGGGCGAAGAGCAUGAGGUUCACUUCAAAAGUGAAUUGUUGCAGACUUUCAUAGGGGGCAAUGACACCACAAUAGAAAACAACAAGCAACUCAUAAAAAGAAAAGCUAGGGGCAAAGCAAGCAGAAAAGCAAAGAAGUUCAACAAGGGGAAAGAUAUUUAGUAGUUGACACCAAAAUUGGCAGUAGAUCAGUAAUUAUAAAUGAGUAGUUUAGUUAGAUACUCAAGACCUCAUCAUCAUUUUAGUUGCACUUGUACCAAAGCUAUUGAGUUUUUUUCACAAUAGAAAAUAUAGGACAAAAAUGAAAA